AUGAGGAUGCUGGUCCCGGCGCCAUACCAAGCGUCAGCAAAGAAGGACAAGAAGAUGAAGAACAAGGAGGCCGAAAGUGGCCUCCACCAUGAAGGUACUUCGGACGCUAUGUCCGGAGGGACCAAGGCUCCCUCCUCUCACGAGGGGGACGACGAUGUGGACGAGGAGGAGGAGGAAGAAGAUAACCCUCCUUUCAAAGAGAAAAAGAGGGCGGCCUCCGUAGAUCCGGAGAGGGGGGCGUCCAAGAGGGGAAAUUUAUCCCUUUCAAAUGAUUCAGACUCGGACGCCGAAGCUAUCCCCAAGCCCCGCUCCCGGGCCAAGCCUCCUGCUGAAUCUCUGGCCCGCGAUCUUCCUCAACAAUCCUCCUCAUCGGGGGAUUUGCCGCCGGAGAUGAUGGAGAGCGAGACGCGUCCACAAGUUUCCUCGGCCCCUAGGGCGGAUGACCUUGAGGCUUCACUGUUAGCGGCGACCGCCCAGGCCGUGGAGUUUUCCGAACUAAAGCAGAAACUGAAGCUGGCUGAUGAGGACAUUGUCCUUAUUAACAAGCGGCUUGACGAGGCGCAAGAUGGUGCUGCCGUGGUCGAGACCCUCAGGGGUGAACUUGCCCAGGCCAAGGAGCAGGCCAGGGUGAGCAAUGCGGCUGCUGAUAAAGCGGCUGCAGAUUUGAAGGCCGAACAGGCCACCAAGCGCCAGUUUGAGGAGCGGAUAUCUAUCAUAGAGCAAGAGCUCAAGGACGCCACCCGCAAGUGCAAGUCCCUCGAGGAGGAGAAUAAAGGCAAGACUAAGUUUGGCGAUCAGAAAUAUGCCUUACUUAAUCGACUGUGGAGUUCUCCAGACACGUUUGCGGAGCUUCCGAAGAGUGCCGCCGACGCCGCACAAUUCUUCCAGGCUCAGGAAGAGCACGCGACGGAGGAGUUGUUCUGGUCAUAG